AUACUCCACAAACAGUUCCACCUGUUAGUAGCUGUUAAUGGAACUGAUAACAGCGUCACUUCAGUUUCCUUCCGGAACAGUUUACUGUUACACACGCACCGGGGAUCAGCUGUGAUCAACUGCCUGUUUUCUACGCGAUUAAACCUCUAAUCUGGGUGGAAGAUGCCUAAGAAAAAGACUGGCGCUCGUAAGAAGGCAGAGAACCGAAAGGAGCGAGAGAAACAGAUUCGAGCCAAUAAAGACGUUGUUGAUGUGGCCAAACACCCAUGCAAUGCAUCCAUGGAAUGUGAUAAGUGUCAAAGGCGACAAAAGAACAGGGCGUUCUGCUAUUUCUGCGCUUCAGUGCAGAAACUUCCCAUGUGUGCACAGUGUGGCAAAACUAAAUGUAUGAAGGCUUCAGACUGUGUCAUAAAACAUCCUGGUGUUCACAGCACUGGAAUGGGCAUGGUGGGAGCCAUAUGUGACUUCUGUGAGGCCUGGGUUUGCCAUGGAAGGAAGUGCUUGAGCACACAUGCAUGCUCCUGCCCUCUUUCUGACGCAGACUGCAUUGAGUGUGACCGCAGCGUUUGGGAACAUGGUGGACGCAUUUUCCGCUGCUCUUUUUGCGACAACUUCCUGUGCGAGGAUGAUCAGUUCGAACACCAGGCGAGCUGUCAGGUCCUGGAAGCAGAGACGUAUAAAUGUUUAUCUUGCAAUCGUCUCGGUCAGCAUUCUUGUCUCCGAUGCAAGGCAUGUUUCUGUGACGAUCACGCUCGAAGCAAAGUGUUCAAGCAGGAGAAAGGCAAGGCUCCCCCGUGCCCAAAGUGUGGACAUGAAACUCAGGAGACCAAGGAUCUCAGCAUGUCCACCCGAACACACAAAUUUGGCCGGCAGAGUGGUGCUGAUGAAGAUGAUUAUGGUGCGUCUGGAUACAGCUCCUACUGGAAAAAUUUGGAAUCUGGAGGGGGCUACAAAGACGAGGAGGAAGACGACCUUGACGAUGAUUAUGAUGAAGAGGAUGAGGAUGAUGAUGAUGAUGACGAGGAGGAGGAAGACGACGACCCAGAGGUGGAGGACUCUCUCUCCAAUCUGAGUUUGGGAGCAAGUGGAAAGAACCAAUAAAAAUGCAGUUUGGAGAUGGGAUUCAGAUAUUAUAGGUGUCACUUGAAAACGUGUCCGAUAUUUGGCCUUUUACCAAAGGUUUCCAGCAUUGCAUUGAUAUGAAUGUGUGCAUAAAUGUCUGCCGUUGUCACCUUUUUGAAGUUUAAAUAUAUCUGAAGAAAUGCUUUUAAAA